AUAUUUUCCCAUGACUUCAGAAGUGACACUAUCAUUGAUGACUUUCAUCAUUGUCCUCUGAAUUAUGAGGUGAAAAAAAACAAGAAAAGGCAAACCUCUUCCAGGGCCGUGGGGAUUGCCUAUACUCGGAAACAUAUUGCAAAUUGGAAAGCUGCCUCAUAUCUCGCUCACAAAAAUGAAGGAAAAGUAUGGAGAUGUGUUUCUUGUACAUCUAGGAGUGGUGCCAGUUGUGGUGGUGAGUGGCCUGGAGACAGUUAAGAAGGUGCUACUAAAGCAAGGAGAACAAUUUGCAGACCGUCCAAAACUCUAUACUCUCAGUUUGUUAAAUGAUGGAACAAGUUUGUCAUUUACUGAAAACUAUGGGGAACCAUGGAAACUCCACAAGAAAAUAGCAAAGAUGUGUUUGAGGGAAUUUUCUAAAUCAGCAAGAUCUGCCUCCUCUCCCAGUCUGUUUGAACAAUAUGUAUCGGAAGAAGCAAACCUGCUUGUAGAGACAUUACUACAACAUUCUUCUAAGAAAGGCUACUAUAAUCCCAUAGACCAUAUUACAUACGCUGUUGCAAAUGUUGUCUGUGCACUUUGCUUUGGAAAGCGUUAUGACCAUGAUGAUGAUGAUGAGUUUCUUGGAGUCAUACAAAUCAGCGAAGAGGCACAGAAUUCAGCCGCCUCAGCUGCUCCGGCAGACUUCAUUCCAAUUUUACGUUACUUUCCCCUACCAGGAUUAAAGGCAUUGCUAAAAGCUGUAGACCGGUUCAAUAAUUUCUCCAAAAAACAAAUAAAAGAACACUAUGAUUCAUUCGAUAAGAAUCAUAUUAGAGAUAUCACCGAUGCACUCCUUCUUGACUGUAGCAAACGAAAGCUAAAAGACAAACAUUCUGUUUUGACAGAUGCUCAGGUUUUGUCAACUGUGAUUGAUGUUUUUGGAGCAGGUUUUGACACAACAUCUUCUGCUCUCCAGUGGUCCCUUUUUUAUUUGUUGAAAUUUCCUGAACUUCAAGAGAAAAUUCACAAGGAGAUUGGUACUAAAAUUGGAUUUAGUAGAAUGCCAAGAUUUGAAGACAGAAAAAAAUGCAUUUCAUGGAAGCAUUUAUUCAUGAGGUUUUCAGGCAUUCCUCGUUUUCACCAUUUACCCUUCCACACUGGGCCCCUCAGCUCUGUAACCGUAUGGGUUGUGUUUGCCAGAGAACUGGACCCAGGGAACCCAAAUGUUUAG